UCACACCCCAUGUGGAGCCAGCAGCCGACACGUUAACAAAUGCAGGAAUGAGCCAGGCAUUGAGUGAGGAAAGAAAGUUAAUAACGGAUACACUUUGAAUGCAAGUGCCAGUUAGUUAGAACAAAAAACUCAAGUGUUAACUUGUAGAUAGAUCUUGUGUCUUCAAUCUUGACUUCAAAAACAAAACAAAAAUUAUAAUUGGAUUGGUUCUUUGUCUAGAAUCUAGAUCAAUAUUCUUUGACUACAUCCAGACUUCACGUUUCUGACUUAUUUCUCGCCUAGUGUUAAGGACGACGAUUCCUGGCUUGGAUCUGGUGAUACCAUCAACUCAUCACAUUGCUCUUCGAUAAAAAAAACAACACCCGUUUCUUUGCACUAAAACCGAGGCAGACUUGAAAAGCAUUUCUAUUAAAACCCAAGCCUAGAGGAUUGGAACAAGCCAAUUGUAUUUCUUGAGUGUUUCUUGUGUCGAUAAUAGUCUACAUUGUUUUCUGCGGCUGAAUUCUCAUGACGCUGUUACAUCAAUGACGUCUCGGGACUAAGUCGGGGGGAGGCCACAGUUUCAUGGACCUUGCCAGUCCACUGUCUCCCAGAGCCAAAGAUUUCAGUAUCGUCUCUCUCAUGUCCGGCUCCGUGGACUCUAUGCUCAUCAGCGUCAACAGUGGAAAUCGAACCGCGAGUGCAAACUGCCCCCCUGUCGUUCCGUCUUCCGUUCCAGUAGCAGCCAUCGGGCCUGGAGUGCCGGCACAGAGGUCCACGGAUUGUUCCUUUGACUGGGCCCAGGUACCCCCUUAUACAGCAGCGAUCAAGUCAAUGGAAGCCUGUGUUGUUACCAGUGGAUCGAACAUGGGGCGCAUGUUUGACACCAUCCGCUACGACCAUACUACUGACCACUCGUCCUCGGCUCCCUCACACGGUCUCCUCCCUUGCGGGCGCCCGUCACCCGGAAUGAACGACAGCAAGCACGACUCGGACUGCUCUAGUUCCGACGGUCUCUCUUGCCAUCAGGACAGUGCCGGGGCCCUGGAUAAGGACAGGAUCUCCGGGGGCGACUCCAGCAGCUUAGGCCUGGUGAAGGUGGACGUCCCUAGCAAGCCCCUGCACGUGAAGCUCCUGAACGUCAACGCACAGCUGGAGAUGAAGCAGCUGUGGGAGACAUUUGACAAAUACGGCACGGAGAUGAUCGUCACCAAGCUAGGAAGGCGGAUGUUCCCAACAUUUCAAGUCCGACUGUUCGGCCUUGACCUCAGCAGUGACUACGCAGUCAUGAUGGAUUUCAUACCAGUUGACGAUAAACGUUACAGAUAUUCCUUCCACACCUCUAGCUGGGUGGUCGCGGGAAAGGCAGACGUUUAUUUGCCGGGCAGGAUUCACAUGCACCCAGACUCGGCCGCCAAGGGUUCCCAGUGGAUGAAACAGGUCAUCUCCUUUGACAAACUCAAGCUGACCAACAAUCAGGACGACAAAAACGGACAUAUCAUCUUAAACUCCAUGCAUAAAUACCAGCCCAGGCUUCAUGUACUGUACACCCCCCUUAAACUAGAGGACGUUUCCGCCACUGAGAACCACCGCACGUUCAUCUUUCCGGAAACCAAGUUCAUGGCCGUCACAGCCUACCAAAACCAGAGGAUCACAAAGUUAAAGAUUGAAAGCAAUCCGUUUGCCAAAGGCUUUAGAGACUGUGAUUCAAAUGACUGCAUGGCCGAAUUCUUGCAGACUAGUUCCGGUUGCGCCUCCAGACCACGCCCACAAAACAGACCAAGCUCUUUCCAUCUCCUCGGAGUCUCACGCAAGAGAGAUGGGGACAAAGAUCAGAAACAAGAUGACUACCUCGGAUUGCUAGCCAGCUCUACACCGCCGCUCACCCCUAUGUCGUCUGUGCCGACCAUGGGCAGUGUGGCCGGGAUGUCGGUCCUAAACAACGCCCUACCCUCGGCCAAUCUCUACGCCGACUGCUACACGUACCCUGCUUACGGCGAGCCCUACAUGGCCACAGCCAAAGCGCGACCUUCACCUUACGGGUGCCCAGUUGACUACGCCUCAUACACACCCAACAUGAAGGGCAUCUACUCCUCGCCCAGGGCGAACAACUUUGCGUACGGAUAUGACACUCGAUGAGACCAAGGCAACCAUUCAAACGUUGAAUAGAUGCGCCUCUGUAUGUACAUAAAUAAUGUUGACUAGCUGUAUACAUUUCAGCUAAUGGAAUUAAUCUGGUCAGAGAUUGAUUUCUAAAAAAUUUGAUUUAUAAGUAAACGAAUAAAAACCGUAACAAUAAAUACAUCGAACUGGCUUAGCACAGCAACAAAAUGUAUUCUACAAAAGUUUAUUGAAGAUUGGCCUUUCAACCUCAAACGUGCCUCUUUUUCAAAACGAAGGUAGGUUACAAAAACAAUGUCAAGGCAAAAGUGUGUACAUUCAAGUCAUGUGCUUUAUUAAACUGGAAAAAAAAAUUGCCAGUUUAUCUUGUGCUACUUCCAUUAAAAUGGCGAUGAUCUGUUUAUAAAAGAAAAAUGAUUUGCGAAAUACAACUUGUGCCUUUAAAAAACAACGUACGGUCCACGUUAAAUCUCUAUGUGCCUUUAAAAGUGCCUGAUCGGAAUGGAGUGUUUUUAUUGACUAGCUUUCACCUUUUUAUAUUCUCUUUUUAAGGAGAGUCUGGAAGCAUGCUAUAAUUCUUUUCAGUCGAAGAUGCUUCUUAGACAGUGCACGUCUAGAAAGAAGACGUCUUCUUGUCUUGCAAGGUCGUUGUGACAUUUGAGAAACAAAGACGUUGUAAGAUUUGAGAAACAAAGACGUUGUGAGAUUUCAGAAACAAAGACGUUGUAAGAUUUGAGAAACAAAGACGUUGUAAGAUUUGAGAAACAAAGACGUUGUAAGAUUUCAGAAACAAAGAUGUGAGAUUUCAGAAACAAAGACAUUGUAAGAUUUCAGAAACAAAGAUGUCAUGAGAUUUCAGAAACAAAGAUGUUGUGAGAUUUCAGAAACAAAGAUGUCAUGAGAUUUCAGAAACAAAGAUGUCAUGAGAUUUCAGAAACAAAGAUGUGAGAUUUCAGAAACAAAGACAUUGUAAGAUUUCAUAAACAAAGAUGUCAUGAGAUUUCAGAAACAAAGUCGACUCCUAAGAUUGUGUAUGCAAUGAACGUAUUCAGACAAUUGGAGAACGUUUUGUUUCGUGCACACAUUUUGGAUUUUUUCUAGUUUUGUAAAGUAACAAAAGAUUGAUACGACAUGUCUCAAAAGAACUAUGUCUGUUACGCAAGUUGACAACGGUUUCUUCUGUUCAAAUGUGUAGGUCACAGAGGGGUCAACAUAGCCACAUAAAUUUUUGUUUCCAAACUUAAGUCUUGAUUUUCGAAGACAUUCAGCCUAUUUUAUUAUUAUUAUUAUAGACGAGAUUUUGUUUACGCUUUUAAGAUGUUUCUGCUUUGUUCACAGAGGAAUUGACGUAUAACAUGUAGCAUACAUAACUGACAUUCUUAUAUCUUUUUUUUUUCUUCAAGAUUUCAUAUUUAAGAUUUGAAUGAUACGGAUGAUGUGUGAUUUUUUUUUUUCACAUACGAAAAUCUUCGAAUCGUAACUUCACUAUUUCCAACGACAUGCUGAACACACACUUCAACUGUUUGGUACAGACCGUCGUUAGCUACGGCUGGUGGGACUGCGUGGAUUAUCAUCUAGAAAAUGUUAGUAUACCAGAGCGUGCAACGUCAUUCUAAACUUCAAACUGCUAUAAUGUGUUGGUAGGGUUGAUAAUGUAAUGUGCAUUAUUUAAGUCAUGAACUGUAUCUCUGCAUAUGAUCUAAAUCAGAUCUUAGACAGUACUAUGAGACAGAAAGUGACACGUUUUAUUGAAAUAAAUACUGAAACUGGAAUAUAUAUGCCUUUCUUUUCUUUUUAAAACUUUUCAAAAUCAAUCUUGUUCCAAUACAACUUUUGGGGUUGUCUUAUUUAUCUACCUUCCUAUUCCGAUAGGAAAUUUGGUUUCAAGCUUAAUAAAGAUUUUUUCCAGCAUGAAUAGUUAUGUAUAACAUUAGAGCGGACUAAUUCCGUUCAGCUCACUGACGGUGUUACAAAGAUAUAUUUGAGAAGUAUCAGGAGGGGAAAUGUUAUGGAUUGUGUCUGUCUGUUUCUAUGAAGGUCAGUGAUUGAUAGUGAAUGAUGCCACGUCAUUUGGUGUUAAUUAGGAUAGACGACUCUAGAACGUGAAAGGUUGUGUUCUUAUAGUGAGUUAGAUUUUGUUCAGAAAUAUUAUUACUAAAGUCUACUACAUUUAUUUCAUUUUAUCGCUGGUUAAUUUUGUCUUAAUUAAAAUAUAGUGUUAUUUAGUUUUGUUCACAAAUGGAAGUUAAAUAAGUUAUUUGAAGUUUUAUUUGGAAAAUAAAAACAGGUCUCAUAUGCAA